AUGGACCACAGCAUCGUACCCCAAGAGAACCGCGGCCCUGCUUUUCUGGUCAUCACCGGCACGCUCACGUCGAUCGCGACCCUUUUCGUCGGCGCCAGGCUCUACACGCGAGCCGUGAUCAAGAGGCUCGUGUUCUGCGAGGACUACAUCGUCAUCCUGGCCACCCUGCUGCUAUGGGUGCAGCUGUGCACCUACACGGUCGCGGUCCAGAACGGAGUAGGGCGGCACCUCCGGGCCCUGACGCCAGAGGAGCGCGAGGUGGCGCUCAUGUGGUACCACCUGGCGCCGUUCCCGUCGGUUAUCGCGCUCGGCGUGCCCAAGAUCGCCUUGGCUAUGAUGCUCAACCGUGUCCUCCUUGCCAGCUUCUGGGCGUCGGCGGCUUCUUGGUUUCUGUCCGCCACGAGCAUGGCGAACUUUGUUGUCACAUCUCUCCUAAUUGCGUUUCAGUGCUCGCCCAUUAGGGCUGCCUGGAUCCCGGACAUUGCCGACGCCAAGUGUACUUCGGAGCGUGUGAUUGUUUGGUUCUCUAUAUACACGAGCGCUUUCUCUGCGCUCGCUGACAUAUACCUUGCAUUGUGGCCGGCUUUCAUUAUCUUCAAGGUUGAGACGAAUAAGCCAAAGUCGAUUGCACUGAGUAUUGUACUCGGCCUUGGGGUAUUAGCAUCUGGCGUCGCUGUAUACAAAAUGACUCUCAUGAAAGCGUUGGAGAGUGCAGACCGUACUUAUGACGGCAUAGACCUUUUGAUAUGGACACUCGCUGAGGCAGCAGCGACUCUGAUCGCAUCAUCCAUCCCGAUGAUAACGCCGAUAUACAUACUGAUGGCGCAAUGGAUGAGAGGAACUAAGCCUCGAGAACGAGACCGUGACCGCGACCGCGAGGGAGACUCUGCCGCUGAGUACAUACAGCGCAUGGCGCAAGAGCGACUGUUCCAGCACAGAAGCACUGACCAGGAGGCUGGCAUUUUUCACCGGCCGUCUUUCAGGCGUCAGCACUCCAACCGACUGUGGAGUCCGUCGAGGGUCGGGAACGUUCGCGGGGAUAAGAUUGGGGUAUCGAUGGCUAUGAAUUCUAAUAGAGACGGCUCGGGGCCCUCUCACGGGUCGCUAGAGACAGACCAAAGAUAA